GAGGUUCCGGGUCCGCCAAGCUCCCGGCGUGCACCGCGGCGAUCCCGGCGUGCACCGCGGCGAUCCCGGCGUGCACCGCGGGGCGCGGAGCUGGCUGUUUGGCGCGGGCGGUGGCGGCGGCGGCAGCUGUGGGGUGUGCGGUUCCUUGUCCGCUGGUAGCCUGGGGGCGACGAGGCGGGACGUCAUGGAAGUGAAGGAUGCCAGUUCGGCGCUUCUCAGUAACUACGAGGUGUUUCAGUUACUAACGGAUCUGAAGGAGCAGCGUAAAGAAAGUGGAAAGAAUAAACACAGCUCUGGGCAGCAGAACUUGAACACUAUCACCUAUGAGACGUUAAAAUACAUAUCAAAAACACCGUGCAGGCACCAGAGUCCUGAGAUUGUCAGAGAAUUUCUCACAGCAAUGAAAAGCCACAAGUUGACCAAAGCUGAGAAGCUCCAGCUGCUGAACCACAGGCCUGUGACCGCCGUAGAGAUCCAGCUGAUGGUGGAAGAGAGUGAAGAGCGACUCACAGAGGAGCAGAUUGAAGCUCUUCUCCACACUGUCACCAGCAUUCUGCCUGCAGGGCCGGAGGCUGAGCAGAAGAAGAAUGCUAACAGCGACGGGACAAUGGAUGAAGAGGACCCAGCAUAGAGGAGCACAGCUGGCCCUGGUGUUUCAGGAAGUUAAAAGGCCCGGCAGCUGUUUCCUGGACUUUAAGAGGAUUGUUUAUUUGAUUUUACCCUCUAUCCCAGCAGGCCUGGCUUUCAUGAUUAAUUGGAUACAUCACAAAAAUAAGCUGAAAAGAAAUAUUUGUGCCUUGGGGAUAAGAAACGUGGUAAAGACAGGCUGAGAGCUGAAGGUGGGGCCAGUGACCUCGGACCCCUCUGUGCUGGAAAGAUUUCCUCCAAGGCCUUCGACCUGGUUGUGGGGAGGUCUCUGCACACAGCGGGGGAAAAUGCUUGUGUCGCCUUUGAUGGGCCAUGUCCUAAUUAGUUUCAUCUGCUUUCCUGGGAACUUACUAAGCGGGGGCUCAGAGUGCUGUUGGGAAUCUGGUUAGAGCCCCAGAGAGUUGCUCUAAGUGAAAAAUGAUCCACUAACCUUGGCUCACUUUAGAGGAAUUUCCUCGAGAACAACAGAGAUAAGGAAAGAACCAGCCUGGCCAUUCAACAGCUCUAGAGGCCCCUUUCUCUGCUGGCGGGGCUUUCUUUACUGGCUCUCUAUUAAGGCUAAAUUUUAGGAACCAGAUCACUGCAGUUGAAAACAGGCGCCCCAGGCUCAGUGGCAGUGGCAGUGGCGGCAGAAACAGUGUCGGCUGCCUUUCCAGCCACCCCACUUUCCUGCCGUGAGACAGCAGCCCAGGGCAGGUGCUUUAUGUUGAGACCAGGUGAUUGUCAUUUGGACAACAGGCAAAUCGUUUACUCCUUCAUCAAGGACACAACCAGGUAGCUCUUUUCACAGAAUAUGUAAGAACUGGAGGUUGGUUAAUUAUUAACAUUUACUGGCUGUUGCAAGGUUGCAUCUUUUUGAAUUUAAAAUAUUAAGAUGAUUACCAUGUGAAGACGUUUUUAAUAUUCAGGCUUUGGAAAGUGUAGUUGCUCUAGGCAUUUGGUUGGUUGCCUUAGGUCCUGCAAAUAUUGCUGAAAACCAGAUUCCCCACAUUCCUUCUCUUGGCUGUUUUAGGGAAGAAAAUGGUCAUAGACAUUAGCUUUUCUAAACUGACACUCCUUUUCUUGUAAGAUUACAUAUUUUCAGUGCUAAUUGGAUGACUUAUCUCUGAACCAUCCUCUCCACUCCGCAGGCAAUGGAUUGCAAUUCCAUGCAUCUUAGCGGUAUCAUCUGAGCUUCAGCUGAAAUCUGUUAACAGGCAACAUUGAAAGUACCAGAUUGGAACUGGGUGCAGUGGCUCUCUCCUGUAAUCCCAGCACUUUGAGGAGGUGAUUGCAGGCAGAUCACGAGGUCAGCAGUUCGAGACUAGCCUCAUCAACAAGGUGAAACCCCAUCUCUACUAAAAAUACAAAAAAAAUUAGGCAGGCAUGGUGGUGUGCACCUGUCCCAGUUACUCAGGAGGCAGAGGCAGGAGAAUUGUUUGAACCUGGGAGGCGGAGGUUUGCAGUGAACUGAGAUUGUGCCACUGCACUCUAGCCUAGGUAACAGUGAGAUUCUGUCUCAAAAAACAAAACAAAACAAAACAACUUAACAAUUCAUGGAGGUAGAGAGAAGAAUGGUUACCAGAGGCUAGGAAGGGUAGAGGGAGUGGGUAGGGAUGGCUAAUGGACAUAACGUAGAAGGAAGAAGAUCGAGUGUUUGAUAGCACAACAGGGUAACUACAGUCAGCAAUGAUUUAUUGUACUUUUCAUCUUUUUUUUGAUACAAGAUCUCAUUCUGUCAUCUAGGUUGGAGUGCAGUGGUGCAGUCUCAGCUCACGGCAGCCUUGACUUCCUGGGCUCAAGCAGACCUCCCACCUCAACCUCCUGAGUAGCUGGAACCGCAGGUAUGCACCACCACACCAGGUUAAUUUUGUAGAGACGGCGGCUUAACCUCAUUGCCCAAGCAGGUCUCAAGCUCCUGAACUCAAGCAGUAGGCUUGCCUUGGCCUCCCAAAGUGCUAAGAUUACAGGUAUGAGCUACCGUGCCCAGUCCCUAUUUAAAAAUAACUUUAAAGAGCAUAAUUGAAUUGUUUGUAACGCAAAGAAUAAAUGUUUGAGGGAUGGAUACCCCCUUUACCUUAAUGUGAUUGUUACGCAUUGCAUGCCUAUAUCAAAGUAUCCCAUAAAUAUAUACACCUACUAUCUACCCACAAAAACUAAAAAUUAAAAAAAAAAUGGCUGGGGGUCGGUGGCUCACGCCUGUAAUCCCAGCACUUUGGGAGGCUGAGGCGGGUGGAUCACGAGCUCAAGAGACUGAGAUCAUCCUGGCCAACAUGAUGAGACCCCAUCUCUACUAAAAGUACAAAAAUUAGCUGGACAUGGUGGCAGGUGCCUGUAGCCCCAGCUACUCAGGAGGCCGUGGCAGGAGAAUCACUUGAACCUGGGAGGCAGAGGUUGCGGUGAGCUGAGAUCAUGCCACUGCACUCCAGCCUGGGCGACAGAGCAAGACUCCAUCUAAAAAAUAAAUGAAUAAUAAAAAAAAAUAAAAUAAAAAAUAAAGCGAAUUCUGGAAAAGACCUAGAUUGCUAUGAAUGGAGCAUUAAGGGCAAUUUGGGUACAGACUAAAAAUAAAAUCCUGUUUCCCACCAGCCAGACAGACCCCCUUUUAGCCAAUGAAACCCCAGAGAGUAACCUUAAAAACUUGAGUUCCCAGGCGUCAUGCUAAGGGAACUCCAACACGCUUCAUUAUACCAACUCCCUGUUGAAGUUUAGGCACAACUGACCAGGAUUCGUGUUAAAAUAGACAUCACAGACUGGCAAAACAGACAUUUUGUGGCCAUCAGAUACUAAAUUAUAGGCCAGGUGUGGUGGCUCACACCUGUAACCCAGCACUUUUGGAGACCCUGAGGUCAGGAGCUCGAAACCCCGUCUCUACAAAAAUACAAAAAAAUUAGCUGAGCACAGUGCUGGGUGCCUGUGAUCCCAAGUACUGGGGAGUCUGAGGUGGGAGAAUCGUUUGAACCUAGGAGGUGGAGAUUGGAGUGAAUCAGGAUCACCCACUGGACUUCAUCCUGGGCGACAGAGCGAGACUCUGUCUCAAAAACAAAAGGAACAAACCAAAAAAUUUAGUCCAGUGUGGUGGAACGUACCUGUCAUAACCAGCUACUCAGGAUGCUGACAUGGGAGAAUUGCUUGAGCCCUGGUGAAGGUGCAGUGAGCCGAGAUGGAUCAUGCCCUGCACUCCAGCCUGAGUGACAGAGCAAGACUGUGUCUCAAGAAAAAACAAAGGGCGCAGUGUGGUGGCUCACGCCUGUAAUCCCAGCACUUUGGGAGGCCAAGGUGGUGGAUCACCAGAGGUUGGGAGUUCCAGACCAGCCUAACCAACAUGGAGAAACCCCAUGUUUACUAAAAAUACACAAUGAACUGGGCAUUGUGGUAUGUGCCUGUAAUCCCUGCUACUCAGGAGGCUGAGGCAGGUGAAUUGCCUGGACCAGGGAAGCGGAGGUUGCAAUGAGCCAAGGUUGCACCAUUGCACUCCAGCCUGGGCAACAAGAGUGAAACUCUGUCUCAAACAACAAUGACAACAAAACAGCUGGGCACGGUGGCUCAUGCCUGUAAUCUCAGCACUUUGGGAGGCUGAAGUGGGCAGAUCACCUGUGGUCAGGAGUUUGAGACCAGCCUGGCCAGCAUGGUGAAACCUCGUCUCUACUGAAACAAAAAAAAUACAAGAGUUAUCUGGGCGUGGUGGCGGGCACCUGUAAUCCCAGCUAUUCAGGAAGACAGGAGAAUCACUUGAACCUGCAGUGAGCUGAGAUGGCACCAUUGCACUCCAGCCUGGGCAACAAAGCAAGACUGUCUCAAAAAAAAAGGGCUGGAUGUGGUGACUCACGCCUGUAAUCCCAGUACUUUGGGAGGCUGAGGCAGGCGGAUCACAAGGUCAAGAGAUUGAGACCAUUUUGGCCAACAUAGUGAAAACUUGUCUCUACUACAAAUACAAAAAUUAGUCGGGCAUGGUGGUUCAUGCCUGUAGUCCCAGCUACUCAAGAGGCUGAGGCAGGAGAAUCACUUGAACCCAGGAGGCGAAGGUUGCAGUGAGCUGAGAUUGCCACUGCACUCCAACCGACAGAGCAAGGCUUGUCUCAGAAAAAAAAGCCCACGUCUUUGGACCAAACCUUCUAUGUAUUGAAUUAUGUCUUUGCCUGUAAUUCCUGCCUUCCUGAAACAUAUAAAACCGAACUGUAAUCCACCUGCUUGGAUCACACUUGCUUAGGACUCCUUGAUACUCUGUCCAGGCUGUGGCCACUUGCAUUGGCUCAGAAUAAACCUUUGUAAGGUAUUUUACAGAAUUUGGUUUUUCUGUUAACACUGGUGAGGAGGACUUGGAAGAAAAGAGAUUAGAGAAAGUCUAAUUCUUUUAGAGAUUAAAUGGGCCAGGCACAGUGGCUCAUGCAUGUAAUCCCAGCACUUUGGGAGGCUAAAGAGAGUGCAUUAUUUGAGCCAAGGAGUUCAAGACUAGCCUGGGCAACAUAGCAAGACAUCUCUACAAAAAGACAGAUUAAAAAAUAUAUAUAUAUUUUAUUGCAUUUUAGGUUCUGGGGUACAUGUGCAGAACAUGCUGGAUUAUUGCAUAGGUACAUACAUGGCAAUGCCGUUUAUUGCCUCCAUCCCCCCGUCACCUAUAUCAGGCAUUUCUCCCAUGUUACCCCUCCCCAGCUCCCUACCCCUUGCUGUACCUCCCCUAGUCCCUUCCAACAGACCCCAUUGUGUGAUGCUCUCCUCCCUGUGUCCAUAAUGUUCUCAUUGUUCAACACAUGCCUAUGAGUGAGAACAUGCGGUGUUUGAUUUUCUGUUCUUGUGUCAGUUUGCUGAGAAUGAUGGGUUCCAGAUUCAUCCAUGUCCCUAUAAAGAACACAAACUCAUCAUUUUUUAUGGCUGCACAGUAUUUCAUAGUGUAUAUGUGCCACAUUGUCCUUGUCCAGUCUGUCGUCAGUGGGCAUUUGGGUUGGUUCCAGGUCUUUGCUAUUGUAAACGGUGCCACAGUGAACAUAUGUGUGUGUGUCUUUAUAAUAGAAUGAUUUAUAAUUCUUUGGAUAUAUACCCAGUAAUAGGAUUGCUGUGUCAAAUGGAAUUUCUAUUUCUAGGCCCUUGAGGAAUCGCCACACUGUCUUCCACAAUGGUUGAACUAAUUUACGCUCCCACCAACAGUAUAAAAGUGUUUCUAUUUCUCCACAUCCUCUCCAGCAUCUCUUGUCUCCAAAUUUUUUAAUGAUCGCCAUUCUAACUGACGUGAGAUGGUAUCCCAGUGUGGUUUUGAUUUGCAUUUCUCUAAUGACCAGUGAUGAUGAGCAUUUUUUCCUAUGUUUGUUGGCCUCAUAUAUGUCUUCUUUUGAAAAUUGUCUGUUCAUAUCCUUUGCCCACUUUUGAAUGGGUUUGUUGGUUUUUUUCUUGUAAAUCUGUUUUAGUUCUUUGUAGGUUCUGGAUAUUAGCCCUUUGUCAGAUGAGUAGGUUGCAAAAAUUUUUUCCCAUUCUGUUGGUUGCCGGUUCACUCUAAUGAUUGCUUGUUUUUUGUUUGUUUUUUUUUUUGCUGUUCAGAAGCUGUGGAGUUUAAUUAGAUCCUAUUUGUCUAUUUUGGCUUUUGUUGCCAAUGCUUUUGGUGUUUUGGUCAUGAAGUCCUUGCCUACGCCUAUGUCCUGAAUGGUUUUACCUAGGUUUUCUUCUAGGGUUUUUAUGGUGUUAGGUCUUAUGUUUAAGUCUUUAAUCCAUCUGGAGUUAAUUUUAGUGUAAGGUGUCAGGAAGGGGUCCAGUUUCUGCUUUCUGCACAUGGCUAGCCAGUUUUCCCAACACCAUUUAUUAAACAGGGAAUCCUUUCCCCAUUGCUUAUUUGUGUCAGGUUUGUCAAAGAUCAGAUGGUUGUAGAUGUGUGGCAUUGCCUCUGAGGCCUCUGUUCUGUUCCAUUGGUCUAUAUCUCUGUUUUGGUACCAGUACCAGGCUGUUUUGAUAACUGUAGCCUUGUAAAAUAGUUUGAAGUCACGUAGCAUGAUACUUCCAGCUUUGUUCUUUUUUUUUUGUUUUGUUUUUUUUCUUUUUUGUCUUUUUUUUAAUUUUUUUCAAUUUUUCUAUAAGUUAUUGGGGUACAGGUGGUAUUCGAUUACAUGAGUAAGGUCUUUAAUGGUGAUAUGUGAGAUUUUGGUGCACCCAUCACCCAAGUAUUGUACACCAUAUUUGCAGUAUUUUGUCGCUUGCCACCCUCCCAGUCUUUUCCCCAAGUCCCCGAAGUCCAUUGUUUCAUUCUUAUGCUUUUGUUUCCUCAAAGCUUAGCUCCCACGUGUCAGUGAGAACAUAUAAUACUUAAUUUUCCAUUCCUGAGUUACUUCACUUAGAAUAAUAGUCUCCUAUCUCAUCCAGGUUUAUGGCAAAUGCCAUAAAUGCAUUCCUUUUUAUGGCUAUGUAGUAUCCCAUUGUGAUAUAUGAUGGUUUCUUUAUCCAUUAGUUGAUUGAUAGGCAUUUGGGUUGGUUGGUUCCAUGAUUCGGCAGUUGUGAAUUGUGCUGCUAUGCAAUGUGUAUGCAAGUAUCUUUUUCUUUUCCUCUAAGUAGAUAUGCAGUAGUGGGAUUGCUGGAUCAAACGGUGGUUUUAGUUUCUUUAAGGAAUCUCUGCACGGUUUUCCAUAGUGGCUGUACUAGUUUACGUUCCCACCGGCAGUGUAGAAGUGUUCCACUGUUGCUUUUUUGAUUACGGCCAUUCUUGCGGCAGUAAGAUAUGAACACAUUGUGCUUUUGAUUUGCAUUUUCUUGGUCAUUAGUGAUGUUGAGUGUUUUUUCAUGUCUGUUGGCCAUUAGUGUACCUUCUUCUGAGAAUUGUUUAUUCAUGUCCUUGGCCCACUUUCUGAUGGGAUUGUUUCUUUCUUGCUGAUUUGUUGGAGUUUGUUGUGCAUUCUGGAUAUUAAAUCUUUGUCAGAUGUAUGGAUUGUGAAUGUUUUCUCUCAUUCUGUGGGUUGUCUGUUUACUCUGCUGACUCCUCCUUUGGCUGUGCAAAAGCUGUUUAGUUUAAUUAGGUCCCAGUCAUUUAUCUUUGUUUUUAUGACAUUUGCUUUUGGGUUCUUGCUUGAAAUCCUUGCCUAAGCCAAUGUCUACAUUGAGUUAUCUUAAAAUUAUUACUGGUAUACAACCAAUAAAAAUAAUAAAUGUUAUAAAAUGUCAAUAAAUUAUUAUUUAACAAAAAGUAUAAUGUUACUUAAAAUAUAUCCUUUAAUGAGAUGGCUACUUUUGCUCCCAGUGUAUCUAUUAUGUAUAUUAAAUAUUAACAGAAUAAAUAAUUUCAGCAACAA